CAAAGCUCCCAGCCCCAUUCGCUCUUCUCCUCACCGACCGAUCCGAUCCGAUCCCCUCUCACUUCUCUCGCUCCGGCCAGCGCUGCCGCCGGCCGCUCCCAGCUCCGGCCGCCUACGCGCUCUCACAUUCCUUUCCUCUCCCUCUACCAUAUGGAGCCUAUCAAACCCACGGCCACCCUAACAGGCAAGAUCCGCGAAUCUGCCGACGACGGAGAUGCGGCGAGCGGAACUAUCGGCAGCCUCCCGUUCCACCUCACGGAGAAGAUCCUCGGCUGCAUCAGCCCGCUCGAGUCGGUGCGGUUCGCCGCCGUCUGCAGGUCCUGGGCGGAGAUCAUCUCCGAGCGGCUAGCGAGACCCACCCCGCACCUCUUCGCGCUCGAGGUCCUCGACGAGGGCCUCCGCGGGGCGAUCUUCUCCAUUCCGAUCGAUGACGGCGGGGAGGACUCGCCCGCGCCGGUGGUCCCGGCCCGGCUGCCGAGCACUGUCAGCGACGCGAAACAUUUUGAGCUAUGUGGCGUCCUGCCCAGCGGCAGAAUCUCCUUUGCGUACAAGAGCAGCCUCGUCCUCGUCAAUCCCGCCACCGGCGCGGUCCGGGGCAUUCAGACGUACGCCCAUCGGAUCAUGUAUCCGACUGAACCUAUGUUUUGCAGCGGCGCCGAGGCCUUCUUCAUUGGCCAGAGUUUCGGGAGGAACUUCUCUCUCUGGUGGUGCACGGAGGGGGAGUGGUCCGAGCGGAAGCUGCUCCUGCCUGAAGACCUCAAAUGUGCCGACGACAUUGAUCUAGUGGCCUACAGCGACGGCGUCUUCUAUGCCAUGCAAAUUUUCGGCUCAACGUACACCAUUGACACUCGUGCGCCGAUGCCGUGGCGCCUGACAAGGCUCAGUGUGCCGAGCAUUCGCGAGCAGCUCGGAGACCGCUUCAUCCGGAACUUCCACCUGCUCGAGUCGGAAGGGGAAGUCAUGUUUGUCGUUCGGGUGCUCGCAACACAAGAACCCGCAUACUCCAAUUCCUUCGGUGGCUAUGAGGUGUAUAGGCUAGAUGUCGAGGGGGCGCGAUGGGUGAAAGUGGAGAGGCUUGCUGGUGACCGGGCGCUUUUCGUGAGUGGGGAAUCAUCGUUUGCGGUCCGUGCCUCCGAGACUCCAGGGUGCAUGAGCAACUGCAUCUACUUUGUGGUUGAGGUCUACGAGUGCUGCUACGUCACCUGGGGCGUCUACUCCAUGGAGGAGCGGAAGGUGCUGUUUCAACGCCAUGUUGGUGGUUCUCCGGGAAAGUACGACGCCGCGCGGUGGUUCCUCCCUGGUGUUAUGGUGCCACUUGCACAUCGAGGAAAAAAGAGAAAAAAUCCAAUCUCUUCAGAAUGUCAGGAGGAGGAUGGGAGGUAAUUGUGUGAAAUCAAGAUGUCCGGGCAUUGCUGGUGAUGAAGCAGAAGUGUUGGCCGUUGUGGCAGCCCUACAGGCGGUUGUCCAAUUUGGCAUGGGUCGAAGUAUUCUAGGAUCAGAUUCUCAGAACUCGUCUGAUGAAGGUAACGUGUUGUACUGGCGACAGUUUGAUGUAGUUAAUGUACUGUAUUUCUGUUGUAGUAGAUCUUGUAAUGCGGAUGCGCAUGAACUUGCUAAAUUUGGUGCUUGCUUAAUUUGUUGCUGCUUUGGGUGUUACUGAGAUCCAUUACCAUAGAACCGAGAAUUUUCCUCAGUCUGUAUGUGACUAGCCAUGCCCGUGCGCGGCGGCACGGUGCGCUUCGCUGAUAUGUUUGUGUAUUAGUAGUUUCUAUAUAUUUUCCUAGAUUUAUGUU